AUGAAAACCCACUGGCCCCCCUUGGUCUUUGAAUGGGUCUUUUACCUGUGCAUGAUUUUGAGGAAUCACACGCUGGUCAUGUGGAGAAUUAUUCGGAAGCUGUCACACUCACAAUGCAAGAAACAAGUUUUCAAAAAUUCCUCUUGUCACUUGAAAGCUCAACAUUCUAUCAUUGGUGCCAGAUACUCCCAGCUGUUUUCCUUACAGGGAUGGGCUUACUUGUUUGUUUUCAGGAAAACACCCAAGCCUGGGUAUGCAGGGCUGUUCGCUGUUUGUUCCAUGGAAACUGGUGUUGCAAGAAUAAAGGAGCUUGGUUCAGCUUGGCUGCCAGACGCCCACAUGGCACACACAAAGCACUGUGCGCAAACCUCCAGCUCCAUCACAAGGAACGUCACUGCCGAAUGCUGCUGGCGAUGGUGGCGAGAAGCCUCACGAGCUCAAAGCCACCUUGAUCUGGGCCCAGGCACCAGCAGGUGUCCCACCAUCAGCCCUCUGCCAUUGCCGCGAAUGUCAACACAGAGAAAAAGGCAAGGGGCCCGAGAUGACUGUGCUGGUCUUGGAGACCCCCCUGAAAACACCCCAAGGACCACACGUGAAGAACUGCUGUUCUGUGGAACAAAUGAUGCCAACGCUUCAACAAAUGCACAGCCCGAAGAGUCUGGGCAGAUAAACAAGGUGCCGGACACAGCCCUGCUGGGUCCUGUUUCAAACAAGCCAGACAUAAAUAGACGUGUGGAGACCCCGGGAAAACUUCCAGGAGCACUUGGGGGCUGGAGGGAGGCACACGGGCCUGCGCCUGGGAGCCGUGUUCUGCCCACUCCACCCCAUGACCCUCGAAGGAAGCACCUCACGGGGCCCCCAGGGGUGCAGGGAGUCAGCCACCCUGUUCCUGGGUGA